AUGGAAUCAGUGAGUGAUCAGGUGACCAAAGUAGAGGUGGGGUAUGAAAUUCCAACUUGGAAUAACUGGACCCCUUUGGCAAAGUUUUACCACCCUUUGCAAGCAGGUAGCAUUGAUGGAACUGACACAUUGCCGCAUGAUAAAGCUGUUUCUCGUGCUGUGGAAGCAAAAUGUAAGUAAAGAAUUGAGUGAAUAGAAAAGUGUUGCACUCAAUAAAUACAGUCAUCUGGCCAUCCCAAUAAAAUGUUUCGUUUUGCAUCGCCCUUCCUCUCGUGAAGGUGGGUCGGUCGGUCGGGCCAAAAAAAACAAAAACAAAAACAAAAUGAACACAUGAUUGCAUAUUAACACUCACGUUUAGUCUGCAAGAUAUAAUCAGAUGGUAAAAGAUGUAUAUUAACAGGACUAUCAAAUGUCUAAAAAGGCUACAAAAACGAAGUAUCGACGAUAAUUUAAGACAAUUGGUGUUAAUAAGACAAGAUCGUGUGUUUGUAAAUUAAAGUACUUGCUUCUUUACAAGUGAUUCUGGAAUUUUUUAUUUUUACUUUUCCAAAAAAUGGGUCGGUCGGGCGAUGGGAAACGAAGCAUUAAAUUGGGAUGGCCUCUCUAAAAAUGAAAGUUCCACUGAUGUGCGUGGAAUUAACGGAGGGGGGGACACCACAUAUGAAAGGGGUGGGGAUGCUUGUCGGAAAUUUGAAUUAAACCCCUAAAGGAGACUGAUCUGGGCGUGGCCCAAGCUUUUUUUGACCCCUAAAAGAGACCAUGUUAAAACACAGAUAAAUGAUAAAACUUGGAUUAUAUGAAUGAAGUAAAUAAAAUGAAUUAAAAAUAUACAUAUCAAAUAUAUAUUUUUACAUUUUUUUGUGUGCAACCCUAAACGAGACCUUCACAGCUAAAUAAGAUGGUGUUUUGCCCAGAACACCCUAAGUGAGACCAAAAUCUGAAAUUUACAUCCCUAAGUGAGACAAAGAGCAUCCCCACCCCUUCCAUAUGCAGAGUCCCCCCUGGGGGACUUAAGCAGAAUCACCAGGAAUUUAGAGGACUUGAAUUGCUGACUUCUCCAGUUCCACGGUACAGGGUGGGUUGUGGAAAAUAAUUAUAACUAACUAUGAGACAACUAAAAUACUUGACCCUUCAGAAAGUGACAUUUUAAUAAAGAAAACAUUUUUGAUAGCAGAAAGCGAGUUGACAGUAAGCAAUAUAACUUUCUACCAUAUGUGUCUGAUAUCUUUGUUUUCCUGAAAUAACUGUAAAGGGACAAGCAGAAAAUAUCCCCAAGUGAUAUCUGAUAAAUUAUUUACAGAUUCUCCUUUAAAUGGCCUUAUGUUUGCUUGUGACCUUAACUUGGCAUGAGAUAGGGAGGCAGCGUGGCUAAGUGACUGGCCAUGGUGUAUUGGACUUACAUUCAAGCAGUACCUGGUUCGAGUCCCACUCCGACCGCUCGCAGAAUUUGUUUCUUGGUCAUCCCAAGGUCAAAUCCCCUGCCAUGUUUGAGCCUAACUGGUUGCUUUCUGCACGGUCAGCUGGGUUUUUAAAUCUCUUUUUGUUCUAUUUGGAGUUUUUGUUUCUAGUUAUAUUAUUAUUUGAGUGGAGUGCCUGUAGACAAUAUGUAGCUUAAAAAGCUAAGUGCAGUUUAACUAAAAACUUUUAGAAUAUAAUAAAUGAGAUCACAAGCCACCUACGAGGUUUUUUUCAAUGCACCACUUCCUUGUUUACUAUUGUUUAAUUGAUAUCUUUCCUGGCACUUUAACAGUCUAUGUGAAGCUCAGUGAAAGUUUGUUUAACUCUGCCAUUUCUUGUUUAUAACUUGUAGAUAAACCAAACAAGAGAGUAUCUGGUGAUCCUGAUAAAAUUUUGUUUGUUGGAAAGCUUAGCAAGGACACCCGUGAAAGUAAGACUACAACUCAAUCAUUGAUUAUAUAAUUGUUCUGCAGUAAAAAGUUAAGGUAUCAGCCACCCUUAAAAUUGCCAUUUUUCCAUAUUUGAGAUUUCAACGUUUUCAAAUAGAUAUGCUUGAGAGCUUUCUUUUAAAAAAAAAAUCAGAAGAAAAUAUUAUUUCUGUCGAAAGAUAUCGGGGGUAAAAGAUUUUUUCUCGUUAACUAUCUUAAUAUGAUCGUUGACAAGAUCUGUCAUACCCGUGUCAUAUAUCAAUUAACUUGCCUGUGAACUAGUAACGUGAUACCGAGUGCGUGCUUCGACACAACACGUGCGAAUUGUCUUCGAGUUGUUUAUAGCCUUUAGUAUUCUCCGUGGAUAUUUAGCGUUUGCUUCGAAAAUGCCGCCAAAAAAAAAAAUAGAAAAGGUCGCGUCCGUUUUCGUCAUCGAAACCCGAGAGCGAAAAAGAAAUCGAAGAGCGAGUUUGACAAAGAAUGGGCCGCAAAAUUGGGAGAGCGACAAAGGCUCAUUUUAUUAGCAAGAGAAGUGACUCGAGGAGUUGGAUAUUCAGAAAAGCGAAAACGCUGCAGUUGCUGAGAGUGCAAGCCGCUCCAAAAUCCAGCUUGACGAGCCAGAUGAAGAAAGCCAAUUAAGCUCAUCGACCCCAUCUGCUGAUGGAACGUGGAAAACAAUAAGCGGUCGAGCUAUCGUAUCGAGCAAAAAGCUGCUUGAGAAACUGGACAAGUCUGUAUCUUGUCGAUUUUGCCAGGGAAGAGUCCAAUUCAUGGAAAAUGUAGCGACUAAGCAUGGACUUGGUUCUACCUGGAGAAUCCAGUGCGAGAAUGAAAGCUGUCCGUCGCACAAGACAAAUUCUGUUUUUAGUUCUUCCGAGAAGAGCAGAGCGUUUGAAAUAUACCGGGCCUCAGUUUUUGGCCUUCGAGCAAUCGGUGGUGGACAUUCGGCGGCUUCAAAGUUUUUUAGUUUCCUUGGCCUGGCGCCGAUCAACAAAAACGCCUGGGCGGAUCAUACAAAAAAGAUCGAAGGAGAGGCAAAACUUUUGCUCGAGAAAGAAUUAAACCGUGCUUCUCGUGGUGUAAAAGAGUGGAAGUUUUCCAACGGAGAAUUAAACUGUUCACUUGAAGAUGUUGAUAGCAAUAAAAAGUUUGUUCCUGUUACAUGUUACCUGUCAAAGUCCUAUUGUUAGAGAAAAUUGAUCCCUCUCUGAUAUCGAUCAGAAUAAACAGUUACUUAUAAUCUCAUUCCAAGUAGGAUGCCGCCAAAAAUGUAUUUUCUAUUUUAUCUCCGAACGCAAAUUUUGCCGAUCGACUCGUACGUUUUGAAGUCCAAGUCGGCAGCCUUUCAAUCAAUUUGGCUAAAAUUUGGCCAGAGUGAUGCCAUAUACCUCUUCUACAAAACCGUGUCUGCGAAUUUUAAUACUCCUUUUCAUUUUAAAGCUAGAGCUUUUUUUCCACAGUGAGUGUUGACUUGUUGCCUUCCCCAACUUCAUUUGCUAAUAAAAGAAAAACAAACGCACUUGUCAAAAAUCUGAGACACGGUUUUUUAGUGGAACGUGUUGAGAAGCGAAUGCGGUGUUAAUUGUUUUCUUCCGUUUAUCUCCGGCGGGAGUGGAACAUGAUUUAUAGAGACAUGUACUUUUACACAAAGCGUUCCGAUUUCGAAACACAUUUAAGUAAAUCGUUUUUGUUAGUUCAAAUCCAUAAUCUGGAAUUAUUAAGCUUUUAAAAAAUAUAUGGUUUAUAGGGGUUUUUAUAAAAACAACUAACGCUACAGCGAUCCGCGCUCGGACGGUCCUGAAGGGUGGCUGAUUCCUUAAAUUUAUAAAAAAAAAUUUGUGGAACUGUAGUAUUAUUAAUUCCUGCAAAUACAACCCAGCCUAUGAUAUGUUAAGAUAAGAAAUUUGACCAACUUUAAUUUAUAAUUUAUAUCAUUAUCCAAUCAUGGUCUCUUUCUUUACAUUGUUCCUCAGAACAAGGAGCUUUAUGCUCUAAACUUUUAAUUACAGCAGUCUUUUUCCUCUGCAGUCUAAACAGUCUUUUCCUCUGCAUCCUCUUCUUAUUCUUACCAGUACAGCCCCAUGAGUACCUUACAGGCAACCAUGACAGUUUUCCCAUUAAGUUUUUUUAAGUUUCAUGUUUGCACCUUUUAAAUCACAUGACUCAGAUGGCUAACGUUUGUGAUGGAACCACCCCUCUUACCUCAGGUAGAGUUGUAAUCUCACUAAUCUUUCUCUCAAGAUGUGUGAGAAAGUAAGUCACUAACAGUGCUUAUCAUUUACACUCAAACCACCCGGGUAGAAAUCUUGUGCAUAGACUUAAAACUACACUGUAUAAAAUUUGACUUGGUAGGAGAAUGACCCACGACAAUGUAUAUCCAAAUCAGCUGAACAGACUAAAAAGAGUAGAAAAAUAGCAUCCCCUCAAAUCACAGCCCAUGUUUUGUGAAGCCCCCCAAACACAAUGGUGCAAAGCAUUUGAUUUUCUAACCAGAAUUUUCAGAUUUCCUAUGUAAGUGGGAAGUACCCAGUGUCACCUGUGUUGAAUUGCCAUACAUUUCUUACUUAUCAAAAGAUAAUGCAUUUAAUAGUCACCCUGAAGUCAUUUUUAAUACUGAGAGGUACAGCAGAUCAUCAGCCUUUCUGUAAUCUGAACAAUUUUUAAUCUGAGCAUUGAUUUAUCUCAGUUUGGGUUUUGUUUCAAUUUUCUCCAACAGACACCGUAUACAAAGUAUUUGCUAAAUGUGGAGAAUUAGUGAGGUGCAGGCUUAUCAGAGAUGUUGGUAAGCUUACAAGUUUUGAAAUGUUUAUCAAAAUGAAUAUAUUAUUACAGCUUUACAGUUUGAUUGUUAUUGAAUAAGCUAAAUUAAUGAAUUCAAAUAUUAUAUGUCAGUACUCAGACAAAUUGGACUUGUCAGCACUUUUUACAAUGAAUGUGAUUUCUUUUUUAUUCAGUUACCGGAUUUUCAAAGGGCUAUGCAUUUGUAGAGUACAGAAGUGAAAGGGAUGCUAAUGUGGCCUGGAGGGUAAGCAGUCUAGAGUAGAUUGUCCACUGUGCCUUUCAAAAUAACAGUGUUUUUCAAUAAAAAUCUUUUUUACCUGGAGAUUUCAAGACCGUGUGAUCUUUUUUAACCAUGGAACCCCAUGGUGUUUGGUGAAAUUCCAGUCAUUUAUUAGGCAGCUCUUCUCGUUUUCAACAGGAGAAAGACCUUGCAGUGAUCUGUCAUUAAGCCUGAAAAAUUCACAGUUCAAAUAAGUGAACUUCAUUAUUAUAGUAUUCCUAAUUUUUUAAAAAAUAAUCUUUCAUGUAGUUAUUGACUCUCAUACAUAACAAAAUGUACUUUCUCUUAAAGACAUCAUUGUUAAAAUUUGCACUUUUCUUCUGUUUUUUUUAAAAUGGAUUUUAGGAGCUGCAUAAUUACAAGAUUGAUGGUAGUACUGUAUUAGUGGAGUAUGAAGCAGCCAGAACUCUCAAGGGAUGGAUUCCAAGACGAUUAGGUAAACAUCAUGGUGCAGUUCAUCGGUGUAUAAUCAUUGUAUAAAUCACCUGUCAAAUUAUUCUCUUACAGCAUAUUCUAUUGUAUAUACUUUUAUUUAUGACCAUUGUCAUCAGCCUUUUCCUUGUCCAUUCCAGUCAAGUAGCUAUUAAAAGUUAAUCAUAGACAGUUAUUCAUAUGAUGCUUUUAAAUUUUUGACUCUUCCAUGUCUCUUAUUUUCAUUUUUGCUGUGUGGCUUCUAGAUGCCAGUAAAAAAAAAAUCCAAAAAAACUGUUUCAUCAGAAUUUUUCAAACACCUGUCAAUUGGGAAAAAACUACUCAACUUCUUUGUCUUACUUGUCUACUUUGUGGUUACAGCUGAGAAUGCCUAUAUCAGUAGUAAGCCUUUUACAGCAAGUUGCUCUGCAAUGGGUCAACAGUGUAUUCAAAUAAUCAAUAACAUUAUCUUCAUAUAAACGACCCAUAAAGAUGCUUAUCAUCUUCCAGAUAUUCUUUGACUAAUAAUAACAUUAUUCUCUCUAUAAAAAGUUGGACAGGUUUCUGAGGUUUGAGCGAUAAAGGGAUUUACUAUUUUGAGGGUGAAAAACUUUGAUUGUAGCUACACUAGUGGCUAUUUUUUGUUUCCUGAUAAAAUGUUCCCUCUCUUAGCAUAGCAAUCAUGUUGAUAAGAUAAAUUCUGCCAUAAUGGGCCAUUUGCACUAAGAGGUCAUGUGACAUCAUUUUUAUGAAAAUGAAAGUUAUAUGAUUUUGCCUUCAAAAAAACCAUUAGUGGGUCAUAUCUUAAACAAAAUAAUAGUUAUUUAGUUUUUCAAACAAGCACCAUUUUCUUAAAAUGAGUAAGUUCUUAGCUGGUCAAGUGACCAGAAUGUGGUUUUUAAAACUAUGAAUUACCUCUUUCUGAAAAGAAAUUUUGCACUUAAACUUUAAGGAAAUUGUUGAAAAGAUGAUGUGGUAACGUUUUCAGUACAUCUGAGCGUAACUAUCAAACGUUUAACAAGAUACAAGGAAAAAGUAGUUUUGGCCGCUAUGAUGGAGGGCAACAGUAUGCCCUCCAACAUGGCGGCCAAUACAAAUCAUACUACUUUGUUGAAAAAUCAAAGUGCCAUAAAAUAUCUCUCUUAAAUGCAUUUUCUCCGUCAAUUUUUGGCAUCAGCAAGAUUCCAACUCAUUGUUUGAAUGAAGCAUUGAUCACGUGACCUCUUAGUGCAAGUGGCCUAUCAGGCUGAUUUGUAGCAUUGUUCUUGUCAUCAAUCCUGUGUGUAGGUUGGAAUUUCUGUUAACUUUUUGUAGGCGGUGGUUUUGGAGGAAAAAAAGAGUCAGGACAACUCAGGUUUGGAGGAAGAGAUCGGCCUUUCAGGAGACCAAUGUAUGAAUUGAGUACCAUCAUUUGAGUGUUUUCAUCUUAGUGACUGUAAUCCUGAGUAACGUUAAAAGCAUUGGUGAAUGUUUGCCAGCCUGUGCAGAAGUCAUCAUCACAAUCAAUAGCAAAUGUUAACGAUUAGAUUUGCCCAGAGGUUAAAAACUGUAACAAAAAUCUUUUCAAACGUCUUCGGUGCAUUUUACUUUAUUUGAGUGUCAAUGUAUUUAGCAGGAAGGUACUAACUGGGGACACUAUAACGUCUCUUACUGGAGACACGACCCCCGUUUUACGUGUCCAUCCGAGCCACGCGAAGGUCUAGCCGCUUGCAGGGCAAACUGGGCAAAGGCAGUGCUUUCACAGUUGUUCUAAGACCUUGAGUGACGGUCCGGCUCCGGGAAUCGAACCCGCGACCUCCCGCUCUGCAGUCAAAGUGCUCUACCGACUGAGCUAACCCUGGUUAAAGACUUUCAUGUACUUUCAGCAACAAUCCGUCUCUAAUUAUAACAUGACUUCUGCAUCCAAAUUUAUUUGGUUACCCACUGCACCCUUCCCUCCCCUGAUCUGCCAGUGACGAUCACGUAGCUAACUACGCGGUUUCUGCCAUUUUCUCAUCAGACCAACUGACCAGGAUGGAAAGCAACAUAAAUACUUGCGUGGAUCACGUGAUCACGAAGGUGCUCGUUCUGCACGUGAAAAUUACCGUGAUAGUUAUCGUGAACGACGAUGGGAAAGCUCUCGCGCUGAGCGUGAACGUGAUGGAUACCGUGAAAAACGUGACAGAGACAGUUCGCGAAGUAGUUCUCAUUAUAGAGACCGCGAUGACGAUUCUGAUGUGGCUCGUGAUUGGCAAAGAUAUCGUGAACGUGACAGUGAUAGGACGCGUGAUAGUGAGAGAUCACGCGACAUCGAAAGGUCUCGUGAUAGUGAAAGAUCACGUGACCGUGGUGGAGAACGUUACAAGGAUCGUGGGCGUCAUGGGGACAGCGAAGGAUACCGUAACAAAGAUAGAUAUAGUUAUCGCGAUAAAGACAGAGAGAAUUAUGACACAAGUCGUAAGAAGUACGAUGCAUACUGUGGCACUGAUCAAGAGGAGGGUGAGAUUGGAUAGCUUGAGACAUUAGAAUAACGGACAGGUUGCAGUACUCUUAAUUACAAGCUGUCAGUCCGUAAUUUGCCAGAGGGUGUGGCUCCUGAUUGUCUGUGUAAAGGCAAGCGGUUCUUCUUAAGCUUCACUCGAAGCGUUUUUAUUGCUUGAAGCCCAAGAAAGCCUAGUCUCUCUGGUAGAGACAAGAAAAAUUUUCUCUCUCCCUUUUGUCUUUGUUACCUCUUAAUAUGAGGAAGAAGAGAGAACAUGAAGGCAAAGUUGGUGUUGUUCCCAGGCCCAGCUUCUUGCAGUCUACGACGAAAGCAAAUCAUGAUCCAGAUCUCAGGAAAAACCAAAAACUCCUUAGACAGCCCUUUUUAAUUGUUUUAUUGGACAAGAACGAAUUCGAAUGUUUGCACUGUGAUUAACGUUUUCCACCUUUGGAAAGACCAGU